GUUUCUCCAACUCCAUACCGCCACAAUGACAGCCGCGUGGAAAGCCGCAGGUCUCACCUACAACCGCUACAUCGCCGUCGCAUCGCGCGUUGUCCGCCGCUCCCUCAAGGAGGAUAAGAGAAUCGCUGCCGAGAGGCGAGGCGAGAGCGAGCUCAGGUUCGCCAAGUGGCAGAACGGCAAGCAGGGUGAGGUCAAGAACCUCGACGCUGCCAACGCUGCCAACGCUACCGAGGCCGCUGCUUCAUCCUAGACGUGUGCAAUUGGAGAUAUGAGAUGAUUGGUGAUGGCAAUGGCAAUUGGCAUUCGCGAAUGAUGCGGAGGUGCCUGUGAAGGACCAGCGGAAGGGGAAAAUGGCAGUGCACCGGGCUCUGUAUAUUCUGUAACAUCACCGAAUCUAAAUGCACGAAGGGUUCUGAGCCUCACGCUUACGUCCAAUGAUUGAUUAUUCAUGUGUUCUGCCUGUGUUCUGUGGUGUCAAUUGCAAUGAGUUGACGAUCCGUUGUUGGUCCACUUUACCAAUCUUAAACCUGCAAACCUCAC